GUUUCAGGGAAGAUGGCACUGAGGGCGUGUGGAUUAAUCAUCUUCCGGAGAGUCCCGCCGGCCAAUGACAUUGAAUUCCUCUUACUGCAGACGUCCUAUGGGAUACAUCAUUGGACUCCACCCAAAGGCCACGUGGACCCCGGCGAGGACGACAUGACCACGGCCCUGCGGGAAACGGAGGAAGAGGCGGGUCUACGCCCCGGCCAGUUCAACAUUGUGGACGGGUUUCAGAAAGAAUUAAACUACAACGUCAACAACAAAGCAAAAUGUGUCAUCUACUGGCUGGCGGAGCUGAGAGACCCCGGCGCACCGGUGAAACUCUCCAAUGAGCACCAGGACUUCCGGUGGCUGCCGCUACGAGAGGCCUGCGCGCACGCGGGGUACCAGGACUUGCAGGACACACUCAAGUACGCCCAUCAGUUCCUGCAAGGGGACCCCAAACCAUGAGCCAGCCUCCAGCAACUCUCUUGUACUAUACAGUGACUUGAUCAUUAAAGGUGAAGUGCUUAUA